UAUGGCAUUUUUCCAGAUCUGAUAAUAUCCUGGACUCAAACAACUCUCCUAUCUAUGCACAUUAUUUUUUUUUCUUCUGAAACAUAUUUCACGCACCUUUGUGCAUAACAUAACAUUGCUGCAUGUGUAACUGCCGAUUCUAGAUCUCUAUCCGCUUUUUCUAUCCUUUGCUUCUGUUUGCCUUGGCUUAUGAUCCUAUCAGGUGCUGAAAACUAAGCAGGACUGAUCCAGCAGGACAGACCACAGCUCCCACAUGGACCAGGGACCAGCCUGACCAGGAGGAAGGAAGAUGCAGGCCCACACUGUGGGCACAGGGGAGGGAGCCUGGUGGGGUCCUGCAAUGCCCCCAUGGCUCUGGCACUGCUUUUUCUCCCCCCUGCCCCUGCUGACAGUGUUGUGAGACCACAGCGUGGCGGUGCUGCAUCCGAAGCUGCCGUCUCAUGGAGCUGUGCAGAAGGGAGAUCACAGGAGGGUGAAUGGUGCCUGCACGGGGGAGGAGACAGACACUCCUGCAGCUACAGGCCGGAGCCAGAGAGCAGUAUGCUGGAGAAGGUUCAGAAGUCACUCACGAUUCGUAACACCACCAUCAGGGAGCUGCUGGCAGAAGCUCUUGGGAUGUUCAUCCUCAUGGUCUUUGGCUUGUCUUCUGUGGCACAAGUGGUAUUAGGAAGAGGAAAAGCUGGGGAACACAUGAGCAUCUGUUUCGGAUUUGGCAUUGGUGUUACCUUGGGCAUCCAUGCAGCUGGAGGAAUCUCUGGAGCUCAUCUGAAUGGUGCCAUCACCUUCACACACUGCAUUUUAGGAAACCUGCCCUGGAGAAAGUUCCCUGCUUAUCUGGCUGGCCAGUUCCUGGGCUCCUUCACGGCAGCAGCUGCUGUCUUUGCUCUCUAUUACGAUGCUCUGCAUGAUUACAGCAAUGGGAAUUUUACAGUGACAGGACCAAAUGCCACGGCAUCUAUCUUCUCCACUUACCCUGCUCCACAUGUGUCCCUUCUGGGGAGCAUCUUCACAGAGUUUCUGGCGACUGCGAUGCUGCUCCUGGGCAUUCUGGUCAUCCAUGACGAGAAAAACAACGCAGCCCUUAAAGGCACACAGGCCCUGCUCACGGGUAUACUGGUCCUGGGCAUUGGCCUGGGGAUGGGGAUGAACACAGGCUAUGCCUUAAACCCCUCUCGGGACCUGCCCCCCAGGAUCUUCACAGCACUUGCUGGCUGGGGAAUAGAAGUCUUCACGGCUGGAAAUCAUUGGUGGUGGGUCCCACUCGCAGCUCCAACACUGGGAAGUCUUGCUGGUGUUUUAGUUUACAAACUCUUAAUCGAUUUUCACAACCAAGCUCCGCUGGAAAGUGAGAAGGAAAAAGGACAGCUAGAGGUGGAGACCUCUAAGCUGUGAUGGCCACACGCUCUGAGGAAAGAGCUUGUCAAAAAAGCCUACAUGGACAUAUGGACUGACAGCCAAACGGUAACCAAAUGGAUAAUGGGAUGUGCAACAGUGCUGCAAGUGGAUAAAAGAAGCACUAGUAUUCAAUAAACCUAUUCUGCUUAACCAGACAAACUGGGUCUCUGAGAGACUUGGCAGACUUGGGUAGGGCUAGACCUGUGACCUGAGGAAAUUAUUCAAUCUCUCUGUGUAAAAAAAAACAAACACCACAAAAUAAUAAUCACAUUCUGGAGAAAAACAAAGCAAAGCUGCAAGACACCCGAUACCUGCGUGUUCACAGAAAUUAAAAUACAGGAUCCAAUAGUAGCAGAAACGACUUAGGAAAUUUUGAUUGGGAAUAUUCUUUGGCAAGAGGAGAUGCUACACUAAUGGAUCAGAAGCCUAGGCUUGCUUCCGUUUGCUAACCUGCCACCCUAACAAACACCUAAUUUGGCAGAGCACAAAGAAGAAAAGAGCAAGGACAAUGUGAAACAGAAACCUGAACCUGUUUUGGGGUUGGCUUUUUUGUUUGUUUGUUUUUCAUACUUUUUUUGUGCAUGUGUGUGACUGUGUGUGUAUGCUUUUUGAUCUGAAUGCAGAUCCACUCUGAAUGCACAGGGAAUAUGGGAGGGACUGCUGUGCUCCUGGAGGAAUUCUGCAACCUUCAUCUGAAUAAGGAUGUGGGCCUGUACCAGU